AUGAUGACGGCCCGGCGAGUGUGUUUAGUGGCCUUGGCCCUCGGAGGAAUCAGGGCGGAGACGGAGAACGCGAGCUGUGAGCCCUUGGCGUUGCUUCAACAUCAAGCCAAUCACGACCAGAACCACCCCUGUGCAGAGGGAGUGCAUCUCUGCCGUCUUCGCGAGGCGGUCCAAAGGGCACCGGAUGGGACCCAGAUCGACCAAAAAUGGGAGGCGACACGCUGGGAGUGGGACCCAGCCCUGGGGCAGAAGAAAGUGGGCAGCCCACAUGCAAUCCAAAAUCGUCGAAUCAUUGCCAUGGUCGAAGCGAUCCGGUCCUACGGGACGGCACUCUCGUCCCAGUUGGCCAAGAAGGAACGUGAAGUGGAAGAGAUGCAAAAGCUGAAGAAUCUCCCAAAUCCUUGGAUCAGCUUCUUCUUGGAGAUGGGUUUGGGCGCACUCUUUGGUCCGGUGUCCGGGGCCUUGAGCAGAAUCCCCCUGAUCGAGAACUUGAAUCCGGGGACGGCGCAGGACAUGAUGAAGUAUGAUCAGGACAACGUGAAUGAUAUGCUAGUGACGUUCCACAAGAGUUCAGCAAAAGACUUCUUGAACAGCAUGGGACAGGAGUUUAGGCUCCUUGCAAGCAAUCUCACUGCACAUUUGUCGCAUUUCACAGAGGAAGAACUCUAUUCCUUGUACAUCUCCUAUGCUCCAGAGGUGGCUUCUCAGGCGAAAAUCAAAGAGAUGGUGGAUUCUGCCUUUGAUGUCUGGGACACACAGGUCAACGGCUUGGGCUGGCACACCGAGACUGAUGCGGAAAAGAGGCAGGAGUCAGAAUGGAAUUUGUACAACUACUGGGAAGGUAUUGCCGAAGUCAAAAUGGAUAUUGUACCUGACGGAGGGUGGCUGGAGGACCAUCCAAAACACAGCGAGGAUUGGAAAAAACUCCUGGUGAAUCCUUAUGCUCGGGUCCGCAAUGAAGGCACUAAGAGGUUCAAUUCGGGGAAGACUUACCCGCCUGAGUUCGUAGCCGCAGUGGAUGAGUGGACAUAUCCCGGUUUGAAGGAUGCAGAAGGAGUUCCGCGUCCCAAAGUUCCAAAGAGCUAUCUGGGAACUUGGAGUGGACCUGUUUUCUCUCGCAAGAACUGCGAUGGCCAGUGCUGCCAAACGGUGGACGUUUGCGAUUGCCCGACGUGUAAGCAGAGUAGCCUAUCCGUGAGCUUCUCCGAGAUCUUCAAUCUCAACAAACAGGGCAACAAACCAGGUGAGGAGUGCAGCUCUGACGGCGAUUGUAUGACGAAGGCAUGUGCUUGGAGUGGCAAGGGAGACUCGCUCAAGAAACGCUGCUGUGUGGACGAGGACUCCUAUGCGCAUUAUGGGUUUGAAGGCUUCUACUGCAAGGAUCAACCAAAUGGUUGGGCCUGUGACGAAGAUGUGGUCUGCGCCGAAGGGCUUCGCUGUUUGACGUCCGGUUCAGGCCAUUCCGUCUGCACGGAGCCAGGAUCCAAAUUGAAGGCAGGUGGUCUCUGUCAUGAUCAGGACUCUUUGUGCGAGACAGGGAAGUGUUCUAGGGUUGGCUCUCCCAAUUGGGAAUGGCAGUGCUGCGUCAGCGAGGACGAUUAUGCGUCUUUCGGCUUCAACCAAUGGUGCGUGAACCAACAGGUUGGCUACCCUUGCGACGUCAAAGCUGUUUGCGCUAGAGGUCUGGAAUGUAAGUAUAUUCCUCCGACCAAGGGUGGAUAUCAUGGCAUGAAGUACAGCUGUCAACUUCCAUGA